AUGGCAGAGGGGCUGCUGCAGCUCCACGUGCCCGACUUUGGCAGCUCUGUGCUGGGCAGCCUGGAGGAGCAGAGGGCCUCAGGGCAGUACUGUGACGUUCACAUCAUGGUGCAGGGGCAGGUGUUCAAAGCCCACAGAGCCGUGUUAGCUGCAUCCUCUCUCUACUUCAGAGACCUGUUCAGUGCAGAGCCAGACCACAUACAGUCCUCAGAUUCCCCGUUGGUGCUGGAGCUGCCCUCCUCUGUAUCUCCAGCCUGUUUUGAGCAGAUCUUGUCCUUCUGUUAUACUGGUCGCCUCAUGGUGGCGCCGCAGGAGCAGCUGGUGCUCAUGUACACAGCGGGAUACCUGCAGAUCCAGAACAUUGUGGAGCGAGGCAUGGAGCUGCUGAUGAAGAGCGCCUCCUCCUCAUCCUCACCUCUCUGCUGCGACUCACAGACGUCUGCAGAGGAGCUGGGAAGUGUCCCCCACAGAGACAGUCCAGACCAGCCCUGUCUGAGCUCAGAAGAGCUGCUUCUGUCUGUAAGCCGCAUCAAACAGGAGAGAGCCAGCACCCCACCCACCGAGGAGGAACCAGAGCCCAGAGCUGAGCUGAGAGGCGGGGCACUGUGUUUCCUGGGGGCAGGUGUUGCUCACAUGCAGUCCUUCCUGGUGCCGCAAGGGGGGCGCUGCAGUCCAAGCUCCAGUCCUCAGAACACAGAAGAAGAAUUGGAUGAUGACUUUUACACUAACGCCGUGAGCACCAGCCUCUACCAGCACCUCUACCCCUACGUCCCAGAGAAGCUGGACAUGCUGCCCCUCCCUCUGGCAAACGAGCGGCGUGCAUGUGUUUUGAUUGGUCGAGACAAUAUGGCACUGCCCGCCAGCUUGGUGAGUCAGAUUGGGUAUCGAUGCCACCCAGCCCUGUAUGCAGAGGGAGACCCGGGGGAGAAGUUGGAGCUGGUGGCGGGUUCUGGGGUGCUCAUGACCCGAGGACAGCUAAUGAACUGUCAUCUGUGUGCUGGCGUCAAACACAAGGUGCUGCUGCGCCGCCUGCUGGCCACCUUCUUUGACAGAAACACGCUGGCUAACAGCUGUGGGACUGGGAUCCGCUCAUCCACCAAUGACCCCACCAGGAAACCACUGGACAACAGGGUCCUCAACACCGUCAAAUUGUACUGCCAGAACUUCGCUCCCAAUUUCAAGGAGAGUGAGAUGAAUGUGAUCGCGGCCGACAUGUGCACCAACGCCCGGCGGGUUCGUAAACGCUGGCUGCCCAAGAUCCAGUCCCUGCUGCCUACCGCUGCCCCCCCCAAUCGCCUCAAGAUGCGGAGGGGAGGGGCUAAUACGACUAACACUCCGACCGCCACUCCCUUCGACGUGGAGCCGCGACCGUACCUGCCCCUGCCUGAGCCAUUGAAGGAAAAGGAAGCGGGGCUUGUGGGGCUGGCACGAGGGGGCGUGGCUGAAGCGGGGACAGGUGUAAUGACAGCAGGGGGCGGAGCAACGGGGGGUGACGGCGGACAUUCUUCUGAGCAGCACGAGUCGUCUUCGGAUGCAUCUUGCACGUCGUCGCAUCCAUCCCCCCAGCCCCCGGACCAGGACUAA